UGGCACAUCAUGUCAACAUUGACAAGUUGCUUUUUUUCCAAUUUUUGAACAUCUCGACCAAGCGUCGUUAAAAUUCUCAGUGCAAAAAUAUCUAAUUGAAUUUUAACGAUUGCUCUAAAUUAUUCAUAUCACAGAAAAACCAAUUCUAAUGAAAAAUUAUGGGCGUUUCUAGUUCCAAGGCCGCUUACUCCAUGUCUACUCCAACGUACGUUUUCGUUAAAGAUGUUAUUAAAAGUGACAAAAUCGUCAUUUUUUCAAAAUCUUAUUGUCCCUAUUGCAAAUUAGCCAAAGAUGUUUUUGAUAAAAUCAAUAAAAAAUACACAGCGAUUGAGUUGGAUAUGAGGCAGGAUGCGAACGACAUACAAAACGUUUUGGAAGAAAUAACAGGGGCAAGAACCGUUCCGAGAGUUUUCGUGAACGGGGAGUGUUUGGGAGGAGGAAGUGAUGUCAAAGCGCUGUACGAAAGUGGUAAAUUAAAUAAUUAUUUUAAAUAGACGAAGAGCAACCAGGAAACUAGUUAAAUACCCAAUGUUGACUUAAAAAUAAAUUUUAUGGAAUCAA